AUGUUUCCAAUCCAAUUAUCACUUGUAGGAAAUCAAAGACUCAUUCUUUCCACCCGAGGAAGAUCCGGCUUUAUUAAGACUCUUCCCUGGUUACGCCAUGCGCGAGAAUUUGCAUCAAAUUCAAAGGAUUUUUCGAUCAGCAAGACUCGUAACAUUGGAAUUAUUGCUCACAUCGAUGCUGGAAAAACAACGACAUCCGAGCGCAUGUUAUACUAUGCCGGUGUAACAAAAAAGAUUGGAGAUAUCGACCAUGGAGACACAGUUAUGGACUAUCUGGCGGCAGAACGAGAAAGAGGAAUCACAAUCAAUAGUGCAGCAAUUACCUUUGGAUGGGAAGGACAUCGCAUCAACCUAAUUGAUACACCUGGUCACGUAGAUUUUACGAUGGAAGUAGAGCGUGCAGUGCGAGUUCUAGACGGUGCAGUAACGGUACUGGAUGGAGUAGCGGGCGUAGAAGCACAAACAGAGACCGUGUGGAAACAAGCAGACAAACAUUCUAUUCCACGAAUUGCAUUUGUAAAUAAGCUUGAUCGUACAGGUGCAGCAUUUGGACGAACUGUCAAGGAAAUGUGGAAAAAACUUAGAGCGCGUCCGCUUGUACUCCAAUUACCAAUCUAUGCAGAAGGUGGACAUGGAAUCCGUGGCGUUGCUGACUUGGUCACAAUGGAAACAGUUUUAUGGGAUCCUACCAAGAUCGAUGGUUCUGCUUUUGUACGUGAGCCUUUAGUAGAAUCCACAGAUCCAAAAUUAUGGGAAGAAGCGGUCCGAGGAAGGACAGCAUUGGUUGAAGCACUAGCCGAAAUGGAUGAUGCUAUUGUCGAAGUGUUCUUUGAGGAGGCGGAUGGAGAACAUUUAGCUGUACCAGCUAUAGCACUCAAGGCUGCUCUUCGUAGAGUUACGCUUGAAAACAAGGCUGUCCCAGUGUUGUGUGGAGCAGCAUUUAAAAAUGUGGGUGUCCAGCCUGUACUCGAUGCAGUAAUUGACUAUCUCCCCAGUCCACUUGACAGACCGCCGGCACUUGCUACUAUGCGUGACGCCAAAACAGCACUUAUACCUCUAUCUGAGGUUGGAAAGUUAUGUGCUCUUGCCUUUAAGGUGACUCACGAUCCACGCCGUGGCCCUCUUGUAUACGUCAAAGUUUAUUCCGGAAAGCUGCCAGUGAGAGCUACAUUGUACAAUACCACAACUAACCACAAAGAGAGAGCAAACAAGUUGUUACAAAUGUAUGCUCGUGAGGCAGAGGAAAUUCCAGUGAUCCAAGCCGGAAACAUUGGAGUAAUUGUAGGACUUAAAGACACCCGUACAGGAGACACCUUAGUCUUGGCCAACGACACUCAGGCCAUUAAAUCAAAUCUUCAACUCAACACCAUUGAGAUCCCCAGCCCAGCAUUCUUUGCUGCAAUUGAACCGGAUGCAGUCUCAGAAGAACAAGCCAUCGAAGAAGCUCUCCGUAACUUAACACGCGAAGAUCCCUCUGUUAGAGUAUGGACUGACGAAGAAAGUGGACAAAUGUUAAUCAGUGGAAUGGGAGAGUUGCAUCUCGAUAUCAUCAAAGACCGCCUUAUCAAUGAUUUUAAAUGUAAAGCCACCAUGGGAAAAAUGCGCAUCAGUUAUCGUGAAACUUGUCAGGCUCCCGGAGUUGCCUCCACUGUGUAUGACAAAGAGGUUCUUGGGAAGAAAUCCAGGGCAGGUUGUAGUGUGACUCUUGAGCCCACAGAGGACCCCUCGAAUCAGAUUACUAUCCAACUCCAAGAAGAUCUUGCUGACUCACUACCCCAUUUGACACAAGAAGACAUUGAUCAAGCAAUUCAAACCGGUUACCAGUCUGGAUUAUCUCGUGGUGCUGUUCUUGGUUUCCCGCUUGCUCAAGUCCAUGUUAAAAUUGAUAAAUUAGAGACUUUUGGUGCCGAAACUACAUUAGGAGCAAUAUCUGCUUCUGUAUCCAAUAGUAUUCAAGAGGCUCUUCGUCAUGCUGAUCCAUGUCUUUUGGAGCCCAUGAUGGAAGUUCACGCUGAAGUGAAUGAACAUCAUAUUGGAAGUGUUGUUAGUGACCUCAGUGGUACAAGAAGAGGCCAUGUAAUUGGCUUAUAUGCUACAGAUGAUAAGACCGCAGUCCAGGACACUGAGGUGUAUUCUCCUCCAGACAGCCUUCAUCAAGACGUUGAUGCUUACAAGGCAAAACAGGUUAUCAAGGCACAUGUUCCUCUUAGUUCAAUGCUCGGGUAUUCAAACUCUCUUCGUAGUCUGACAGGAGGUAAUGGACAAUUCUCAAUGCGGGUUAUUGGUUAUGGUGCGAUGAGCAAGGAUCGAGAAAGAUCGGUAGUUCAGGAAAUGAGAGGCUGA